AUGUCCUCGAGAUACGCCAAUAUCUCCUAUUCCGGGAAAACGGAUGUUGCUUCAACUCGUACACCUAGUUCCCUCGUGUGGGAAACUACUAAAGCCAUAGAAUUGGUUUCUAGUCUACGGUUCUCAUGGGAUAAUUACCAGAAUAGAAUCUUCAUAGAAUUCUUGAAGGCUGUCGGCCCCGAUUUCAAAGACGUCGAUAUCGAGCCGUUGCUUUUCCAGCUUGAUCUUCACGGGUAUAAUGAUAUAAGAAAUAAGUAUGGAGAGAGUGUGUACCACUUGAUCAAGGCAAAGGCUAUGAGAAAACUGAAGAGAACCGCCGAUAAAAUGGAAAUCGAUGGAUUAUUUGAACCUGAUAUAAAGUCAAGCUCAACCGAGUCCGAACAUAAUGUAUUUAAAUAUAGGCGAUAUUCGAUUGAUCCAAGUAUAAAAUCGGAGGAUUCCAAGUUUGAACAGACAAACCAUCCCUUCCUAAAGAUGCCUCAACAGAAGUUCCAUAGAGAUAAUCUGAAAAAUGCAACUUUUGAGGAUUCGACGUACAUGAGCGAGACUUCGUAUCCGGGUUCGCGAACCCCACGAACUUCGCAUGCUUCUUAUCCGCCUCCGGAAAAGAACAGAAACGCAAGGACUGUUGAAGAGGCAAAACACGAACGCGCUCUACAGUCUAUGCGGAAUCUUGUAAUUGAGUUAUCUCAUACUGAACAAGUACUCAAUGAAGUUGCAUCUGCAUUCAAUGACCUACAACCAACCAAGGAUGGUGAAAUAUGGACUGAUAUAAUUAACCAAAUGAUACUGCUCCAUCAUGAUCUAAAGCUAGAUGGGAGAGGUUUGUACAAAUUUACUAAAAACCUAUAA